AGUGUCGCUCCGAGCUCGGCGACGAUUCAGUGUGCUGACGAACUUCGUUCGUGGCAGACGUGUAUAGUGGCUGGUCCACGCAACCUCAAUAUUGUAUUUUUUUUUCAGUGUCUACUUUUUUGAGGAAGUGAAUCACACCGCUUACGAGUGAACACUAAUCCUACUGAAGUGAUUUCGUUCAGUUUGCAGUCGUGCAACUGUAUUCAGCUUUCUCCGUUAAUUUCGUUAAUCUAACCAGUUCGUCGAACUGCUCACGUGUGCUAGACCUUUAACUGUGUUGACUACGCUUUUGAAAGUUUAAAGGGAACGGUGUUUUCUCCUCGUGGACGGCAGCUGCUGCCCGCGUAACUGUAAACCAGCUCCACGCGGAAGUGAACGGCCCGACCGUUAGCGCCGCCCGGCGAGCUCCGCGGCAACUAGCCUCCCCACUCCUCGCCGACCUACUUGCGGCUCGCGCGGAUCUAACCUCGAUAUCGGCGAGCAGUGCAGAGUGCGACGGAGCAGUGAAAGUGGCGGCAUGCUGCGUGGCUGACGGGUGUCGAGUGUCGUGUCGGGGAGAUGGGUGCUCACAAGGAAGCGGAGCACGAGAGCGGGUACUUCGAGGACGAAGACGACUGCGAGGAGCUGACGAGGAAGCUGACCCUCAGGCCGGAGCAGAGCCCGGGCUCUGCGUGCUCCUCCUGCGAUGGGCAGCCCGACCCGGAGGACAGGAACAUGAACCUGACCGGCGUCGGCCGGGUGGACAUGUCCCACUUCGAGCUGCUCAAGGUGCUGGGAACCGGAGCGUACGGCAAGGUGUUCCUGGUGCGCAAGCGGGGCGGGCCGGACGAGGGCCGGCUGUACGCCAUGAAGGUGCUGAAGAAGGCGACGAUCGUGCAGAAGCGCAAGACGACGGAGCACACCAAGACGGAGCGCCAGGUGCUGGAGGCCGUGCGCCAGUCGCCCUUCCUCGUGACGCUGCACUACGCCUUCCAGACGGACGCCAAGCUGCACCUGAUCCUCGACUACGUGAGUGGCGGGGAGCUGUUCACGCACCUCUACCAGCGCGAGCACUUCUCCGAGCAGGAGGUGCGCGUCUACAUCGGCGAGAUCAUCCUGGCGCUGGAGCACCUGCACAAGCUGGGCAUCAUCUACCGAGACAUCAAGCUGGAGAACAUUCUGCUCGACAGCGAUGGCCACAUCGUGCUCACAGACUUCGGCCUGAGUAAGGAGUUUCUGCCUGAUGAGAAGGACCAGCGAGCCUACUCCUUCUGCGGGACCAUCGAGUACAUGGCUCCCGAGGUCGUCCGAGGAGGCAGCUCCGGCCACGACAUCGCUGUGGAUUGGUGGAGUGUAGGCGUCCUCACCUACGAACUGCUGACAGGAGCGUCUCCCUUCACAGUCGAGGGUGAGCGCAACACUCAGCAGGAGAUCUCUCGGCGUAUACUGAAGACCAACCCUCCGAUCCCAGACGAGCUGUCGCCGCAAGUGGCGGACUUCAUCACGCGGCUCCUUGUGAAAGACCCGCGGAGACGACUUGGCGGCGGGGAGAGCGACGCAGAUGAGCUGAAGAAACACCCGUUCUUCAGCUGCUUGGACUGGGACGAGUUGGCGAGCAAAAGCAUACCUGCACCGUUUGUUCCGAAGAUAGCCAACGAGCUGGACGUCAGCAACUUUUCAGAAGAGUUCACCCGGAUGGUUCCCACAGAUUCUCCGGCAAUUGUUCCUCCAAACUACGACAAGGUGUUCAAGGGCUAUUCCUAUGUGGCGCCGUCGGUUCUGUUCAGCGAGAAUGUCAUCAGCGAUGAUCUGCUGCGUCCUAACCCAGACACCAGGCCCAGUCCCACUAGCCUCAUGGCUUGCAAGCUGCGAUGGCAAGACUCGCUGUUCUUCCAAAACUACACCAUCAACCUCCGCGAGGGCAUCCUGGGAGACGGGAGCUUCUCGGUGUGUCGCAAGUGCUGCCACCGGCAGACGGGCCAGGAGUUCGCAGUCAAGAUCGUGAGUCGCAAGAUUGACUGCACGCGUGAGAUCAACCUGCUGAGGGCUUGCCAGGGUCACCCCAACAUUGUCAACCUAAAAGAGGUCUACUACGAUGAGGCGCACACGUACCUUGUGCUGGAGCUGCUGAGGGGUGGGGAGCUGUUGGAGAGGAUACGCCGGAAGGACCGCUUCACCGAGAGCGAGGCCAGCCAGAUCAUGAGGCGGCUGGCAUCCGCCGUUCACUUCAUGCACUCCCGGGGCGUCGUGCACCGCGACCUCAAGCCGGAGAACUUGCUGUUCGUGGACGAGUCGGAGAAUUCAGACAUCAAGAUAGUGGACUUUGGCUUCGCGCGGCUGAAGCAGGAGAAGGAGCCCAUGCACACGCCGUGCUUCACGCUGCACUACGCCGCUCCGGAGGUCCUCAAGCAAGUGGCCAACGAGGACGCGGACGGCUACGAUGAGAACUGCGACCUGUGGAGCCUCGGUGUCAUCUUGUACACCAUGCUGUCUGGACGAGCACCGUUCCACGCUCGGUCCAGGGAUGACAGUGCGGCAGCUGUCAUGGCCCGUAUCAAGGGCGGAGAGUUCCACUUCAACACGGACGCCUGGACCCAUGUGUCUGCCCAAGCCAAGCAACUCACCAAGGGUCUCCUCACCGUCGACCCCAAGGAGCGGCUGCAGAUGAGCGACCUGCGUGAAAAUGAGUGGCUGCAGGGCAGCAACACGCGCCUGUACCCAUCCACGCCGCUCAUGACGCCCGAUGUGCUCACGGCCGGGUCGUCUGCGCGCUCCGCCGAGAUGGGCGUCAAGCAAACCUUCAGCGCGUUCCACAAGGCGCACCGGGAGGGCUUUCGACUGCAGGAAGUGGUUAAUGCCAAGUUAGCGAAAAGGCGCCUUUUGAAGAAAUCAACUGACCUUCGCAGCUCUACGUCCAGUAGCUUUUCCAGCUCUAGUUCUUCAGGCACGCCGGCGACGGUGAGCCACAGCAACUCUGCGGCCAGCAGCAGCAAGAUGGUGGGCAGCUUCUCGCAGGACGAGACCCGGGUGUUCAACUUCGGGGAGGCGCGGGUGCGAGAGUACCUGUCCAGCCUGUCGUCGGACGACUCGACCAACCAGCCGCUCACCCCGGCGCUGCUGUCGCCGUUGCCCGUCCCGCGCAAGAAGUGGAGGAGGUCCCGGCCGGACGGGGACGGGGACGGGGGGGCGGAGCUCCGGGCCGAGGCGGGGGACAGACUCGACGAGGCGCGUGCCGCAGGCGCCUCUCGGCCGGAGGGCCCGGUGACCCGGUCUCGCAAGCGUCACCUCCAGGACGGAUCCCCACGACCGGACACGGGCAGUGCUAGUGCGAGGUCCCCGAGGGAAAACUCCAGGAAAUGCCUUAAGCGCCACCACCACAGACAUCGACACCACAGGACUGGCAAGAGAGCGAAACAAAUGCCCGCGGAGAGUGCAGACUAGUGCGAACAUCGUUUCACUGCACAUAAAGAAACAUUAUUUUAAAAUGCUCAUUUGUGCUUAGAUUUUACAUUUCUGUUCGAGCAGAAGGGUUCUUUUAAAUUCCUUGCGCACUAAGCAAACAACUGAAAAACUUAUUCCUACAAUUUUGCAUGUAAUUGAAUAACAGUGAUAAUUUUUUUUUGUUUUAAAGUAUUUAUUACUUGAAUUGUUACCUUGGUCUAUAUGAAAUCUUUAUUAAAGUUUUACAUAAACUGUGAGAAAAAGACAAGUGAAUGGAUAUAAUUGAAUCAAUUGUCCUUAAUGUGCAACAACGGUGCUUUAUAAAUGUGCCGGUAAAACAGUAGUUGAUAUUUUUGAAUGGCCAGAAUGACUGCGCAUUAUAAAUUUGUACCUGUUUAAGAGAAUGUGUGUGUAAAAUUAGAAUAUAUAUUUUUUUGUAAGAAACUAGUCGAAGCGCACACUGAGAUACUGUAGCAACUGGUGUGGUCAUUACACAGAAAUUACUUUGUGUGGGGCAUAGAGACUCAUAACGGCAAUUAAAUUUACUAUAAACUUGUGUCCAGAAACAUGUUUGCCACAAAGUAAAUUUCCUUCCCCCCCUCCUUUUCCCUUUAAAUUUUUAAUUACAAUCGUAAAAUCCUGUUAUAACAUUCCCAUUUUUAUCAUUUUCCUGUUUUGUAAGAUACCUUAUCCUCGACAAUAAUUUUCAGGAGUAUUUAAUGAAGCUAUGAAGUUCUUUCUUAGAUGAAGUGGAAUGAAGCUAUGAAGUUCUUUCUUAGAUGAAGUGGCAGAAUAUUCAGGCAUAACAUCUGGUAGCUAAGUAAGCAGUGAAAAACUUGCCAAACUUCCAUUGUUUAUUUCAGAUUGUAUUAAAAAAAACUGUUCUCGCAUAUUGUUUGCUAAUUUAUUUCUGAUAGAUUUCCUAACUAAACAAACAAAUAUUUAUUUCUUGUUCAACCACUCUCAGUUGUGUAUUUCAUUUAAGUUCUAAACAACCUAAGUAAAGUGAUAUUACUGUAGUAGACCCAAACAAAGUACAUUAUAUUAAAAUGAUUUAAACGUUGUGAAGGUAGGUACUGCUUAUUAUGCUCGUGUAAUAAAAAAAAAUCUUGGCAUGUUUACAUGGCAGUGGAGAAAAAUAAAUGAUCAUGUAAUAAAUAGUCUUACUCCAUCGUUAUUCCUUAUUUGUAAUAAAUAAGUUCUUCACCAUUAACACAGUCUCCAUGGCAUGAGCGUUGGGUACUAAUUUCAGUUGUGUAGCCUCAAUGUAGAAGUUAACUUUGUACGUUUCUUUAACGGCAGUAUUCUGUCAAAUUUGCUAGUGUGAGAUAAAGGCUGCUGAAAGACCAGACUUUUGUAACCGUUCUUCUUGAACCUCUUGCAACUCAUCUUUGGAGACAAUUUCAUAUUUUCUCAUGAUGUACCAAGUAGCCUUGUAACUACAAUACUAAAAUAUGAUGUUUCCUAAUGCUCGCCACUUGUGAUUAUGGUUCGUAGUAGCAUCUGCCUUUUUUUAUUUGUUUUGGCAUUUCAAUAUUUUGAGGCAUUGAAUUCUGUUCUUUCUUUUUUUGCAAUUGGUAUAAAGUUAUAUUGAAAUAGUAAACAUUAGUACUCACGUAAUGUGUCUUAGUGAGCCCUACCAUGUACUUAAUAAUUUAAAGAGAAAAUCAUUUUAAAUGACAUUUGUGUAUGUGUAUAUAUACACAUAUUCUAUGUUUGUAUGUAUGUAUAUGUAUGUAUGUGUAUGUAUAUAUCUUCUGGUUCUGAUGUCAAAAAUAUCUGUGCCUGGUUAAGUGCUGUUGCAUAGAAAGCAGCUGUGAAAAUGUUACAUAAUUGUGUAUUGGAGCAUGUAAGUCAUUAAAGUAACCAAAGUUAUUUUUUUAUUUAUAUAAAUACACUAUAAAAUUUUUGCAUAUUUUGACUAUCUAAUGAUUGUUGUGUAUGUUUAUGUAAGUAUAUAUAGUAGCAAGUUAAGAUAUUUUCAUUGAGAGAUUUAUUAGUGUUUUGUCACAUGACAUAUUCCUGUUGUUAAUCAAUUGCACUGAACUAGCCUUUUUCAAAUAUGUUUAUUGGGAAGGGUUACUGAACCAUUUUAUAUUGUGAAACAGAUUUUUUGAAUGAGGUAUUAUGACAGAAGUUGUGUACUCAUGCAAACAAAAAUAUCACGGUGUAGACAACUGAUAUUCAUGUACAAUGGGCAAAAAUAUCUCAAUCUCCCAUAACUAGAAUAAAAGUAAUACUGAAAAUUUUAAGUAAUUUAGUUUUUUAUAUUGUGAGAGCAUUUGACAUGAAUGCAGGUGUGAUGGCUUGACUGGUAGAGAUUUUGAAGAAAAUUUUUGGUUAAGUGCUGUACUGGUACAUCAUUCUCUGUCACUUGUAGUCAAUUAUUUGAAACAGGUGCCUUGUAAAUAACAUUGUGCUUUCUGCUAAAUGGUCUGAAGGAAUCUGGUAGAUUUUGUUUGAAAAAGUACAAUCUGAGUGGAUUUGCUGGAAAGACGACUUUUAAGAUCAAAAUGUAGACUCCAUACUUAGUUGUCUACCUAUUGCCCUUUCUGUUAAAAGUACUAUUUAUAAGUGAUAAAUCAAGGAAAGGACCUAUGCAACCUGUACUUGAGAUUAGUAUGUUUAUGACUAGAAGCUAAAAUUAUUCAUAGUUUGGUGGCAAUAUUUUUACCAUUAUGUUAUUAAAAUUUGGCCAGCUGGGAUACCAUUGUAAGGUUUAAAUUGUACAACUGCACCUAGUUUCACAGUCAACUUCAUUAUGUUAAAAAUGCUGAAAACCAAAUGUUUUGAAAAUUAUUUGUUAAGUUUUCACGUUUAAUUUAUACUACAAACUGUUUCUACAGUCACAAAACAUAACAUUGCCUUACACUUCAUUAUAUGAAAUUGUAUUUAUUUGUGAGUUGUUUGUACAUGCAAAUGUAAAUAGAAGAGAAUGAAUAAUAAACAAAAUAUUGAUGUUGGGAUAUAAAAUAAAAUGUUAAACAUCAUGGAA